AACCUCAAAUUGACGAAACCAAAAGUGUUAACUUUUUAUUUUCGUUUUGGUCGAUUUUGUUAAAAAUUUAACUAAAAUGGCUACGAGACAGCUUUUAAUCUCGGCUGCUUUACGUGAAGAACGAUUGGAGCGUAGAAGGAACCGGCGCCGCCUGCGUAAUCAAUUAAAUAUUUCAAAUAUUCCCGAUCUAGAGUUUGUCGGAAAUUACAGACUCAGUCGGGAAUUAUUCGAGGAGUUGUGCCAGGACAUAGUGCCUUUAUUGCCUCCAAAGGGAAGACGACAUGGAAUCGAGCCCACACUUAAAAUACUUACUGCUUUGAACUUUUAUGCCCGAGGAAGUUACCAGGGGUCAGUGGGACAAAAUAUGGAUGGGCCCAUGGCACAACAGACAGUGUCCCGUUGUUUACAAGAGGUAACAACUGCACUUAAUGCACCCCACAUACUAAGGAAGCACAUAAGAUUCCCACAAAAUAGGAAUGAAAGGAAUCUUAUUAAGCAGAAAUUUUAUGAUAAAUAUGGGCUACCCGCUGUGGUGGGGUGCAUCGAUUGUUCACAUGUAGCCAUAGUGAGGCCUUCGGAACACGAGGAACGAUAUUUUAAUCGAAAACAUUUUCAUUCGAUUAAUACUCAAGUUAUAUGUGACAGUGAUUUAUUAAUUACAAAUGUUGAUGCUUCAUAUGGUGGAGCAACUCACGACGCUUAUAUUUGGAGGGAAUGUGAGAUAAGAAACCACUUGGAGGGUCUCCAGGAUGAAACAGUUUAUCUAUUAGGUGAUUCUGGUUAUGCUCUAAGGGAGCAUAUGAUGACACCUGUAGAUAAUGCUGUUGAGAACUCUCCAGAGGGAAGGUACAAUUACCUCCAAAAACGUGUACGCUGCACCAUAGAACGCACAUUUGGUGUAUUGAAGGGUCGAUGGAGAUGUCUUUUGGCAGCUAGGGAACUCCAUUACUGCCCAGAAACAGCAGGUAAAAUUAUAUUAGCCUGCUGUGUUUUACACAACAUGUGUAUAAGGGCUGGUAUUGAAGGUCCCGAGUUGACUGAAGAGGAACACCAAUCGGAGAGAACCAGGCAGGUUCCCUUUGAAACAGCCGCAUCUUCUACUCAAGCUCUACAGGCAGGUCGAAGGGCAAGGAAUUCAUUAAUACAAAUGUUAGAAAGGAACCGGUAAGAUAAACUCAAACCAAACAAUUGUGCAAGUAGAUUAAAAUAAACUCAAUUAAAAACUUUUUUUUGUUUUAGGAGAUAAUCAUCAUCAUCAUCAUAUCAGCCACAUUUAAGCCGUUUAUUUGUGAUUAAGUAACAAUCAAAAUCCAUACUUUCUCAUUUAUAAUAUUAUAGGAUUAGGAAUUAAUAUUACUGAAAUGUAUGGCACUCACUUCUUACCUAAAACAUACACUUCUUAUCUUGUUAUAAUUGUAAGCAAUGCGUUUUUUUUCAUGUUAACUUUUAUGUCUAAUGAAUUUAGUUAAUAUUGCAUAUUGUACAACAUUAUCUAUUUAGGUAUGAAUUUUCGAGUAGGUACCUAGUAGACAGUGAUUUCUCAACUAGUUGAAAGUUAUUUGCUCUUACCUUUCCGAUGUGUAGAUAAUUAAUUUCAAUACAUAUACAUCGUAUAGAUACAAUAAUUGUAUGUAAACUUUUGUUAAUUUUUGUGAUGUAAAAUUACAUUACCUUAAAGGUCAUUUUACAAAUUUGAUGACUCUGUAUGAAAUAUACAAGGAGAAAAAAAUCAGCCCUUAACGAGUUAGCCCUUAACGAGUUUCUUGCCGGUUCUUCUCGUUACAAGGUCUCCCGCUUAGGGUUUGAGAACCGAUGGCGUAGCUUCUUUGACAUUCACAAGUGCUUGUAACAGCCUAGAUUAAAAUAUUUUUAGGCAUAAAAUUAGUUCUGUUUUAUUUUUUCACCUGCUUAUCGUUAUCCUACCUACCUAGAUGUUCAUAAAAUGGCAACAAAUAUUUACUUAAUCCUUACCUAUGACAUUGCAGAUAUUUUGUCACAUACAGAGAAAAUAAUAACUUCUAUGAUUUUAAAUACUUAACAGUAUCUUUAUAUUAUAUCGAAUUAUGGUCAUGAUAAUCAACUCUCAGUAAUAAUAAAGUUCUUAUUUUAGCUUUCUUAAUCUGAAAGUACAAAUAGUCACAAAAAUAGUAAAAAGAAACAAUAGUAUUCAAAAAUAAAUUUAUUUAAAACCUAACGCCUAUUUUGCCUUAAAAACUCUAAAUAAUCUCGCCCUAUGUCACGCAACUCUUCCAAGGCAGCCCUGAUGCCUGCGAGCUUGGUGUUCCUCACUGUCUCUCUCUGCACGUCCAUCUUCAUACUGGUACAACCUGCUUCUGACAUCGGAGCCAGCAGCAGAUCGUAUUCUUCUGGGACGUGCAGAUUGUGAGGCUGCAAAACAACAUUCCAAUAUGUUACAUUGCAGUAAAUACUUAAUCAAUAAGUAUAUUUUUUGUGACAAACAAUAUUUUUCUUGUAAUUUUAAUCUCGACUGUAGUUUAGUGGUAAGACCUUCAUGUAUCAAAUACAUCCAUACAUACCUUCUUGUGUAUCAAUUUCGAUCGAAAUUUCGUUUUUCGUUGAAUUAGAGUAGACCUGCUGGCUUUCUUUGCUUGGGUCGGCGUACUCCUCAACUUCUACAUGCAAGUCCAGGCUCUGCUGCUGCAGUUGGCUUCCUUGACUGUAGGUUGAUGGUCUGGAUUCAUUCGUCUGAAAUGAAUAUAAAAGAUUGAAUGCUUAAUGUUUAAGUGAAGUAUUAAUUUUUAAUGUCUACCACAAUACAAAUUGUAUUGUAUUUUUACCUGAUGGGUUAAAAAAAGUAGCAUACUCACAUAGAAAAAUAAUUUUGUAAAUAAAAAUCAUAUAUCAUUAAGAUAAAUAUUUGAACAUAUCAAAGUUUAGAAAUAGGGAAACCAAAGAAUGAUGAGGUACUUACUUCAGUGAAAGCUGGCACUCUGGCUCCAAUUUGGCGGUCACCGAACCCAUCUCCCAUUAUGGAUAAGACUUUUAAUUCCGAAUGGGAGAGUUGGGGUGCCACUGAUGGACCACCUCCAGUCAUUGAAGCCGACCUCCGGGAAUCAGCAGCGGCUUUUUUGGCCAGAUGUUUUCUAUCAAACCAUACCUAUCCAAAAUAAAAGUAAAUAUUAAAUCUUUGUCACUCACUUUUCACUGAUAAAUAGCUUAAGCAUUUAAUUAUAUUACUACGAAUUACCUUUUGCCACUGCUGAACUGUCUUUGUGCAACCGCCCAUGGAAUUGAGCGUAUUGCACAAUUCAUCCCACAGCCUCUUCGCCUGGACUUUUCCUUCUAGACUCCUCAAUCUCCCGCGAGCAAGAUCCCUAUGCUCGUCCAGGAAAUUGAGGAGUGCAUCAAUUUGUUCAGGAGUAGCCGAACCCGUAUGUGGAGCCAUUAUUUUACACUGAAAGAUGAGAUGAAAAUAAAUUAUAGGUACCUAUUAUUAC